CACAGGCACAGUAGCUUGAGUGACACAGACACCAGAAUGAAGAGACUCUCUCUGUUUGCAGGACUUUGCCUGCUGUUUUUUAACUUCUGUUCAGCCACUGAGCUUCUAUGCUACUUUACCAACUGGUCCCAGUACAGACCUAAUGCUGGAAAGUACCUACCGGACAAUAUUGAUCCCUUUCUGUGCACGCACCUGACCUAUGCGUUUGCUGUUAUUAACCAAGCAAAUGAGCUGGCAACCUACGAGUGGAAUGAUGAGACGCUGUACCAGUCGUUUAAUGGUCUGAAGCAAAGAAAUCCCAGCUUGAAGACACUUUUGGCUGUCGGAGGAUGGAACUUUGGAACAGCUCAAUUCUCCACCAUGGUGUCCACGCCAGAGAACAGAAAAACAUUUAUUCGGUCUUCCAUCCAGUUUCUAAGAAAGCAUGGAUUUGAUGGUCUUGACCUAGACUGGGAGUUUCCUGGGAGCCGUGGUAGCCCACCGGAAGAUAAACAGAGAUUCACUCUGCUCUGUAAGGAACUUUUAGAGGCCUACAUGGAUGAAGGCAAUGCCACUGGACAACCCAGGCUUAUGAUCACAGCUGCAGUUUCUGCUGGAAAGGCAACUAUUGACGCUGGGUAUCAAAUUGCUGAAAUUGCCAAGUACCUGGAUUUCAUUAGUGUGAUGACCUAUGACUUUCAUGGGACCUGGGAGACUUUCACUGGGCACAACAGUCCUCUGUAUCGUGGUUCUCAGGACAAAGGAGAUCAAAUCUACCUCAACACUGAUUAUGCAAUGACUUACUGGAGGGAUCAGGGCACCCCAGUAGAGAAGCUGAGGAUGGGUUUUCCCACGUAUGGUAGAACAUUCCAACUGUCAACUGCACAAAGUUCUGUGGGAGCUCCAUCAGGUGGCCCUGGCCCAGCUGGUGUCUACACUCGAGAGUCAGGAUUCUUAUCUUACUAUGAGGUCUGCACCUUCCUACAAGGAACAACCACACAAUGGAUCACGGAUCAGAAGGUACCUUAUGCCAUAAAAGAGAAAGAGUGGGUCGGCUUUGACAACAAGGAGAGCUUUGAAACAAAGGUAAACUACCUCAAAAAUAAUAAUUUUGGAGGUGCGUUUGUGUGGGCUUUGGAUAUGGACGACUUUGCUGGAAAUUUCUGUGGACAGGGCAACUACCCUCUCAUAGGCCACCUCAAGAAGCUCCUAAAUACUGACAUGCCUACAACUAGUAUGAGAACCACUGCUAAGCCUCAUACGACUACUUCAUCUAUAAAAACUACUCCUAAGCCUCGUACGACUACUUCAACAACUACAUUUUCAGGUGGCAAGUUUUGUGAAGGCAAAUACGAUGGUAUCUAUCCAGAUCCCACUGACCAAAAACGCUUUAUCCAGUGUGCUGGCGAAAUUAUGUACAUACAGUCAUGUCCUGUUAACACUGUAUAUGAUCAUCAGUGCAAGUGCUGCAACUGGCCAAAGAAUGUGCCCAAAGCAUAAAAGAACAUUUGCUGUAGUCCCGGCAUACUCAGUGGCACUUUAAUACACAACGAUUUAUAUACAGAGGGGCCCAAAAAUGUAUACUCACUGUAACAUGAAAAAUAUUUUAAAAAAGGCAGAGAUAACCACUACUGAAGUGUGUAUACAUUAGCGUCCCCUCUGUAUAUAGCAGAUAGCGUUAAUGUUAAUGUUUCCUACAUAAAAUCAUGAUUAUUAUGAUCUAUUAUGACAUCUUGGCUUAUAUUAAAUAAAAUGCUUUGAAUUAAA